GCCGCCUUGACAGUGGGCGACAUCCCGGACGAUACAGCUCUGGCAUCGUACCUGCGCCGCGCAGGGAUCGACCCGGCGGCAUACGGCACGGGCAAGGCCAAAACUAUUGCCGCGCUCCUCAAGGAAGUGGUGAAGGGCGAGACGGUUCUGGAAUGGAAUGACAGCCAGUCACAGAUCCGCCGCGUCGUCGAGCCGGUUUUCAUCCAGCUGAGAUGGGGGGACAAGGUUUUGGUUGAGACGGAGCAGAUCCUCAGUGAUGGCAGACCACGCCAGAGGAACAUGCUCAUGGCCGAGAAGAAAAGCCCCGAGGAUGUCGACAUUGAGCACUCAGCGCUUCGAGGAGUCAAGGAGGAGCUGCUCGAGAACGUCUCGGGCUGCGAGAUCGAUGUGCUGCGCCAUUUGCGCUUCAUGCAGGAGUCCUACUGUUGCGUGGCCGAGAAUUUGGAGUCGAACUCCUUUCCAGGUUUGCCAUGCGUCUACAUCACCCACUACUGUGGGGUGCAGAUCCUGGACAAUGCCUUGCCACUCUUCAAGGACAUUGGUUUUCUGGAAACGGACUUCGAGACCAAGGAGUCUGACGGGAAGAUCAAUAAAUGGCGCUGGGUGGACGUCAGCAAAGCCCGGCAAGACAAGGUCAAAGGCUUCCCGAAGCUCGAGGAGGACGGCAAGGAUGAGGCCGCCGAGGGGCUCUGGAAUCAGCUCGACACUCCUCAAGACUGUGGAGAUCUACGUGUGCUUCUGGAGAUGGGUGGUGUGAAUGUCACAACCUGGGGCAUGUACACCGAGGAAUCCUUGAAGUGCCUUCUCGACGAGCUGAAGAUCGGGGCAUCUACGCUUGAGCGUGAUGGUUCUGGAAAAGUCCGUCGGGCCAUUUGCUCAAACCUGGUCCAGCUCAAGGUGGAUGAGGCGUUGUCGCAACAGGGCCAGGGCCAAGGCUUCGGCCUCGGCGAUGCUAAAAACAUGGUGCGGUUUCGACCGGAGAGAGGCGUCUGGGAGGUCGUGCAAAGCGACACCUCCUCGUAUCCGGGUCUCCCGUGCUGCUACCAGACACGCCUUGUGCAGUUCGAUGCGAAGCAACAGGACUUCCCUCGCAAGAUGCCCUCCGAUGCCAGCAUGAACGGCUUGCCGAAGGUCCGUCGACCCUCCUUUACUGAGAGCCUUCAUGGAGGCGCCCCACCUGGAGGAACUCUCUCCUCAGGCCCUUGCAGCCCGAAGAGUGCGCAGAGUGUCAGCUCCAUCCCAGGCUCGCUGUACAGUGAGAGCCCCGUUCGGGCGCGAGCGAAGCCGGCCGAAAAUAUGCAGGACACGAUUCAGGAAAUUCCGGACGACAUCGUUGUUGGUUCUGGCCUCUACCUUCAGGUGCUGAACAUGCACAAGGAUCUCCGCUUCCGGAUGGUCGCAAAGGAGUCAUCGGAGAAGGCUCCACCUCCUGCUUCUCAGGCCGUGGCCUGUUCUUGUGAAAUUUUGCUGAUCCGCAACAUCAACCCCCUGACGGCGACGUACCAGUGCCGCUUUUUUGUUUUCAUGGAGUGGUUUGAUCCAUCUGCUGUGGGAAUGCCUCUGGGAGACGUGUCGGAGGAGAACCGCAAGAAGCUUUCGAUCCCAGAGAUCGCUUUGCAGAACACGCUGAAAACGGGCUUGGAGAUCCACUCCCCGCCGGAAGUCAUCCACAGUGAAAGGGGGCACGUUGCAGCAAAGAUCCUCUACCAGGCUGUCAUGCAAAUGGAAAUUGACAUGCGGCUCUUCCCUUUCGACACCCAGAGGCUCAACAUCGUCCUAGGACUUCGUGCUCGCCGGGAUCGUGACCGCGCAAUCUUUUGCAGGUUUUGCCAUUGCGACAGCCAGAUUCGAUUGGAUGAAUGGAAAAUCCUUGGGACCUUCUUCGAUUCCGAUCGCCCGGAUGGCCGUGCUCGGGUGCAGUUUGGAGUGGUCAUCGGACGUGGCUACAUGUACUACGUCAUGAACGUGCUCAUCACGCUGUGUGCCAUUGCGUCCUCCUCGUUUGCGGGCUACUUCCUGCAGGUCGCACCUCCCUUCGACCGCUUGCGGUUUGGCGUAUCGAUCCUAUUUGCGCAGACCACUUUCCGUCUAUCUAUUGACAGCAAGUUGCCUAUCGUGGCAUAUGCAACAGCUUUCGACCACUUCGCUAUGUGCUGCCAAUUGCUCCUGCUGUCGAUGAUCGUUGGAGAUGUUAUCGUGGCCAUGCUUGCAGACAGGUGGUUUCACUUUGGUGGCAUGGAAACUGCCAGACUUGUUGACAAGGUCAUCCUCUUCACGUUGAUGCCCAUCUGGCUUCUGGCUCUCGUGACCUUCAGCAUCUGGGUGGUGAGGACGCGGCAGAAGACUGCCCAGGCCCAGGCGCUUCUGAACCACGAGCCGUCGUCUUCUGCCGUCUCCACUUCCGCCGAGGGAGCAGCGCAUGGAGACUUCUCGGAAGAAGCGAUGGAACAAGUUUCCAAGCUGAAGAAUCGGCUCCGCUACACAUCGGCGCGGCGCCUGUCGCCGACUAUGCAGCACCUCUCGAGCGAAGCGGUGGUUGUGUCGGCGCUUGUCUGGUUCCUCCACGAUAUUGAUCCUAUCCAAGCCCAGUACGAGUGCAAGUUCACUCUUUUCGUGGAGUGGCUGAGCCAAGAAGCAGUUGGGAUGAAGGCUGGUACUCGACUUCCGCAGGAGGACCUUGCACGCCACAAAGCACCAGAGAUUGACGUUCACAACAAGGUGGAGCUCUCAGUGGAGGAUGGUCCCAGUGCCAUGGUGGCGGACUCCGAAACUGGCAGGAUCGUGAUGUGCACUCGCUACAUGGCCAAGCUUCAGCUGCGGCUGAAGCUGCGGAACUUUCCAUUCGACUGGCAGAGUCUUCCCAUCGACUUUACCAUGCCGGCCGAAAAGGACGUCAACCGAGCCUUUGUCUGUCGCUCGUUGGAGCUGCAGCCUUUGGCCAAAACGCUGGACGAAUGGACCUUCCAGGGGACCUGGACCUCCUGCGACUUCCACGAGGGGAUGAGCGCUGCCAGCAUGUACAUCGAGGUCAAGAGGAGGUCCCAGUACUACGUGGUUUCCGUGCUGGGCGUGAUGCUGGGAAUCUCGAGUUUGGUUUUCACAGUCUUCGCCAUCAAGGUGGAUACCGCUGGGGCGGGUUUCGACGAUCAAGGCAAGAUCCUGAUCUCGCUGCUGAUGACCCUGCUUGCGUUCAAGCUGCUGACUGCCUCAGGCAAGAUUCCCAAGGUGGCCAAGGCCACUAUCUUUGACCGCUAUGUUUUGGCGACCGAAACCUGCUUUUUCGCCACAGUGCUCUCCUGUACCCUGAUGCGUCUCGUCAUCUCGGACCCAGGCACGGCAGCCUUCUCGAUGGCGCUGCGUGGAGGCUUUUUUGCAGUCCUGCUUUGUUCCUGGCUCUUCUUCAACCUGGCCAUGGUCUUCAAGAUUCGUCGCUCCAAUACCUUGGCCAACGCAGAGAUCCUGGAACGACAAGGUCGCCGUGGUUCUGUGCACGGGCCAGGCUUUGACGAGCAAGCCCUCAUCAUGUCUCGGCAGCCACGGACGCCGGAAAUAGCUGUCGACCCACAGGCCGUGCUGCUGGAGGUGAACUUCCAGCACGUUUUUGGAAUCAAUCCGGCGGCCGCUAACUUUACCUGCGUCUUCGAGGUCCGAAUGGCCUGGCUAGAUGAACGUGCGAAGGCCUGCUCGAGCGGCAUGGCCCUCGAUGCCAAAAGGUGCAAAGAGUUGGGCCAGCCAAAGCUGACGGUCCAGAACGCACAGAGCACGAAUAUUACUUUCCUGUCCGGGCGGGUGAUCGAUGAGACGACUGGACACGUUACCUGCCACCUGAAGAUCAAAUCCCAAGUGUAUCUGAUGUUCAACUUGUCGAAUUUCCCAUGGGAUCAACAAUCGCUCUUUGCAGUGUUGAUGCUUCCGAGUCACUCGGACCGCGCACGUCACAUGGUCCUAACGGACUUGCAAGCCAAUGAAGACAAGACUGCCAAGACGGGCGAGUGGGCUGAGCUUGGCGUCUUUGGUGCUUCCUACCGCAUCACAGGCAUUUCGAAGGCAGUUUUUGGGCUCGAGAUGCAGCGGUUCUCCCGGUACUACGUGACAAGCCUGCUGUCUAUGUGCCUUUGGUCAACCUUUAUUCUCUUUGUCUACGCCUUGGAUGUGAAUGACUUCAAGGAUCGCGGCAAGGUGAUGGUGGGUGUCCUCGUCGUGCAGAACGUGGCAAAGGUCGCGGUCUCAAGCAAGAUGCCCCGAGUGGUCUGCAUCACGGCCUACGAUAAGGUGGCCUUGAACAGUCUUGGCCUCCUCUUCAGCAUCGGCCUCUUUACGGCAUUCCUUGACUUCCUUAGCCAGUUGGAGCUGCAGUGGCUCAACUUCGAGGUGCUAACCAUCGUGGAUCGAGUCGCUGGUGCGCUGUUCUGCCUGACAUGGCUGGCACUGAAUAUUCGGGCCAUUUUGCAUGUGCGCCGCAACUCAUCCAAGGCCGAAUCCCUGGGCCUCGGCCGGUUGCCACGCAGCCUGUCAGGCCUCACACUGGAGGCUGACGCGGACCCGGAUCUCGCAGAGCAGCUCGAGAUUCUGAGAAGGCCGUCGGAUCCGCUUGGCAAGAGGCCUCUCAACACUGUUCGCAAGACCAGCAGGUCAUCCGACGGAUUGGGUGGCAUCGUGACUGUGAAGCUGGGGGUCAAGUUCUGGCUGGUGUCGGACAUUGAUGUCGCCGCCGCGAGUUUCAUGGCCAAGUUCCAUGUGAUCAUGGAGUGGGUGGAUCAGGCCGCGGUGGGCAUGCCGCAAGCCACCCGCAUUUCACACAAGGAGCUCCAGAAAGCCGGACCCGGUCACAUCGUUGUGCCAAAUCUGAGCGUACGAAAUGCCAUCACGGUUGCCUUGGAAGAGUACUCGGACGUCAUCGUUCUGGACGAGAAGACGGGUCGCAUCACGUGCCGUCUGCACAUCAACGCCGUCUUCCACAACGACUACUGCUUGGACAGCUUCCCCUUCGACUGCCAGCGUCUGGUCGUGGAGAUGCAGCUCGUAGACUGUGAAGGCUUCGAGCUGGCCCCCAGCUUCUGUGAUGCUGCUGACCAGUCCAAGAACUUGGACGGCUGGAAUGUGAAGGACUCGGUGGUUGCGCUGGCACCUUCCUUGGAGGAGAGUCCGAAGCAGAAAGUCAAGGUAUGUCUCCUCGCUGAGCGUCAAGCAGGUUUCUAUGUCAAGCAGGUUCUCAGCAUCUACUGGUUUCUGUCGACAUUGAUGUUCUCCUUCUUCGUCCUGCCGUCGUCAGAAUUUACGAAGAGGUUGGUGGAUAUCUUGAAGAUUGUGCUGACUCAGACCACCUUUCGCUUUUCUGUGGAGCAUCGUCUGCCCAAGGUGCAGCAUUGGACACCCUUCGACAUCUACCUGAUCUCCUGCCAGAUGCUGGCAUGCCUAAUUGUGGGAACGUUCAUGGGAUGCUACUAUUUGAGCAAAGACUCCAGCAGAGCAUGCUUUCUCCAGGAGAUCGAGCGGGCUUUGCUGGUCGGAUUGGCAGCUCUAUGGGUGUUGUGGAAUCUCUGCUUUGUGCUCUAUGCCAUCCAUCGCAAGAAGUCUGAGCUGCUCGGGGCCAGGCUGGCGAUGAGAUCUGGUCUCAUCCUGCCGCAGCGCAUCAGCUCAGGGCUGCUGCCGCGCUUCAGCCGUUCCCCGCGGCAACUUUCCUCGGGCGAGGUCCAGCAGGUUGAGAGCAUGACGCCCGGCAACAGGGAUUCCGAGCUGCCCUUGACACCACAGUACUCGCGAGGUUCUGAGCUCCGCGCCUUCACGAACCAGGAUUCCAAAGUCGGGGAGACACAGGUGAUUUCUAUUGCUUUCCGGAUUUGGCUGAUCCGCAAUGUGGACCUUGUGAAAGCCACCUUCGAGUGCAAGUUUCGUGUGUUCUUAGAAUGGCUGGACGAAAACGCAGUAGGCCUGGAGAAGGGCAAGAAGGCUAAAGAGCUGAAGGUUCCAUCCCUUGCCAUCACGAACGCCAUCCAAGCCGAGGUGAUCGACAGGAGCUCGGCUCCCGAAGUUGUGAACCCGAAGACCGGGCAUGUGGCCGUUCAGAUGCUGUUCCGCGCAACGCUGAGAAUGGACCAGCAAGUGCGUCACUUUCCCUUCGACUGCCAGUGGCUGGCGAUCACCGUGUCUCUGAAGGAAGAGGGAUGUGCUCGCAACCGCUCCUUCCUCUUCCAGUACUGCGAGGUGGAUGAGGGCCUUUCGCUGGAUGAGUGGUACGUCUGCCCAGAUCCUGCAUUCAGCACACUGACAAAGCACGAUGCCCCAAGCAUCCAAGACACGGUCAUGUGCGGCCUGCUCAUCCGUCGCGCCUCCCGCUACUACGUGGUUAACAUCAUGCUUAUGCUCGGCCUCAUCUCCUCAGUGGCCUUUGCUAUCUACACGGUGGAUGUCAGCCUCUUCUGGGAGCGGGCAGAGGUGUUCCUGGGCAUCUUUCCGCUCAUCGUCGUCUUCAAGAUGUCGGCACAGGGCAAGCUGCCGAGGGUGGGCUACUCCACGAAGUUCGACCACUUUGCAAUGGCAUGCCAGAUGCUGUUCCUCAUCAUCGUGAUGGGCUGUAUGGCUGCUUCCUUCAUCUCGAACAUGCCCGUUUGGUUCCACUCCUGCGCGUAUCUAUCCGCCGAGGAUCUCACGGAUCAAGACCUCGCAACCAUCGACCUCAUACGUCAUGUGGAGCACAUCUGCAUGUUUGUCCUGGUGGGCCUUUGGAUGUUUUGGAUCGGGCGGUUCAGCUUUUUUGCUGUCCGCACUUCGCGGCUGCAACCCGUGGAUGGGGUGCAGAGCAGCGUAAAGAUCAAGCUUCAGGCACUCCCUGCAUGGUGGUGUUAG